UCGCUUUGUGAUCUGCCAAAUGAAAUGUUGUUACAAAUCUUCUCUUGUAUAGAUCUGCAUCGCGAGACACGUAUCCUGGGCUACAUACCCGAUAAACCCCUGUCUUCUUGCCCCGAUUAUGAAGUGCUUAAAGACUAUCGCCUCCACAACUCCUGGCUGCUAAACAUUGCGUUGACGUGCAAGCGAUUUGCAGCUUUAGUUCCAGAGGUAGCAUUACGUAUGACCGUACUGCAAGCUUUUACAGAAUAUGUGCAGCCUGAGCGCCCUCAGCUUUGUUGGUCAGCUCCAUUCGCUCUCCUUCUUCGAUGCAAGGACAGACCGGAUCUCAUUCGACACAUCAAACAACUUCGCAUCCAUUUCUCAUAUACCGAUGAGCACAACAGAUAUCGUUGCGACAAUAAAGGGAUGGCUAAAAUGCUGGCUUCGUUGCCUGUACCUUCUGCGUGGAAGUUCAAACUUUUCAAAGACAUCACAAAUAGCUUUGGGCGAGGACCAUUUAAUGCCUUAUUGUCAGUAGCAGAGUUGGAUGUAUUGUGUGUCUCCGAUCCAGCCGACGAACCAAAACUCGAAUGGGCAGAACAGCUAGCAGUCUCACACUUCACUCCCCCGAUUAUCCGCUCGCUGAGGUACCUUAAGAUGGAAACUAUACGACCUCCCGCCAUUCAAGCAGUGGAAGUCUUUCAAAGACUAGAUACUGUUGAUUUGAGUAUGUCACUUGGCGUCCGGUUAUCACUGGAUAUUAUAUCCGCCUCGGAAAAGUUUCUUGCAAACACGGCGGUAAACAGCAUCAAGCAUCUGCGUCUGAAUUUCGAACUCCGAACAAUCGGAAUGUGGAACAGUGAGAGGCGAACCUGCAUGGUGAACGUGGUGAAAGGCUUCCAGACUCUGGAGAGUCUUGUAUACUAUGCCGAAUCGUCGAUAACCAAGAAUCCCUAUCGUAGUCUUCGCAGUUUCCCCGACUACCAAGUCAACAUCCAGAUAUAUCCAGAGGUUCUGGCGGCUCCUGACUUGUUGGAAGACCAAUCGAUAUAUGAGGCACGCACAAAUAUCACCGAUUACCAAUACCUAAUGGACAACCUCGUGCACCUACGCCCAUCUCUGAAACACUUGCAGCUUCCGGGAGGCUUUUGGACGCUACCUGGCGCAGCUCGCAAGCCGAUCCCGCGCUUCGAUCAGUUCACCCAGCUCCGAAAACUGACUGUGCCUCAAGCGGCCCUCAUCUCCAUCAAACUGGAUAACAUGCGGGUUGAUACCGUCACCCCAGGCGACUUUGAACUUUCUGCUCUGCAAGUAUUACCAGUGUCGCUGCAGCAUCUCACGAUCUUCGAUCUCGACGAGACGUUCUUGGGAAGCAAAUGGCUGCAGGGAUUGUUCGACGAGCAGAAGAACCAUGCCCGAUGGCCCGAAUUCCGAACCUUGGAGCUGUUGAUGGGGGCGACGUUCUUAGAUGAAGCGCUGGAAGCGCUUCUGGCGAGGCAAAGCAGUGCGGAAUUCUGGGCGAUGGUUGAUGAAGCUGGGUUCGAUGUCGUUGUUGGGAGGGACGACUUGGAUCCUUCGUUGCUUCCAGAGUCACAUUAA